AUGGGCUUUACUCCUAGAGGUGGACGAGGCGGAGGCCGAGGAGGAUUCGGCGGCGGAGACCGUGGUGGACGAGGUGGCCGAGGAGGGUUUGGCGGACGAGGUGGUGGACGAGGUGGAUUCGGCGGAGACCGAGGAGGACGAGGAGGCGCUCGGGGCGGCCGAGGUGGUGCCCGAGGUGGUGCCCGAGGCGGUGCCCGUGGUGGCCGAGGUGGUGCUCGAGGUGGUGCCAAGGGCGGAGCCAAGGUCAUUGUCGAGCCCCAUCGACACGGCGGUGUCUUCAUUGCCCGAGGUAAGGAGGAUCUCCUUGUCACCAAGAACCUGACCCCCGGUGAGUCUGUCUACGGCGAGAAGCGAGUUUCGGUCGAUGUUCCUGCCACCACCCCCGAUGGCGAGGCCACCAAGGUCGAGUACCGAGUGUGGAACCCCUUCCGAUCCAAGCUGGCUGCAGGUAUUCUCGGUGGUCUCGAUGAGCUCUUCAUCGGCCCCGGAUCCAAGGUCCUUUACCUUGGUGCUGCUUCCGGAACCUCCGUUUCCCAUGUUGCCGAUGUCGUGGGCCCCACCGGUACCGUCUACGCCGUUGAGUUCUCCCACAGAUCCGGCCGAGACCUGAUAGGCAUGGCCAAGAAGCGACCUAACGUCAUCCCCAUCAUUGAGGAUGCUCGACACCCCCAGAAGUACCGAAUGCUUGUCGGUAUGGUCGAUGCUGUCUUCGCCGAUGUUGCCCAGCCUGAUCAGGCCCGAAUUAUCGCCCUGAACGCACACCUGUUCCUCAAGGACCAGGGAGGAGUCAUCAUCUCCAUCAAGGCCAACUGUAUCGACUCCACUGUCGAGGCCGAGACCGUGUUUGCCCGAGAGGUUCAGAAGCUGCGAGAGGAGCGAAUCAAGCCUCUGGAACAGCUGACCCUGGAGCCUUACGAGCGAGACCAUUGCAUUGUUAUUGGCAAGUACAUUCGAGCUAACAAAUAA